UUACAAUUUUGGGUAUUUUUUCAUGUGGAUAAAAUGUAAUAGGAUCGAUGUAUUUUAUCUCACUACAGGGUGUGGCUAAAAAUGACUUUGUCUCUUUUUGACGCAGGUGUUCACCGAAAGAAAACUACAUUACUACAAUUUAGUGGCACGAAAAAAUUAAUUGGUUGACUUAAGCAAAUAAAAAUCACCAUCAUUAUUGUAACUAAUUUAACCUGCUAUUUCGUAUCAAAAUAUAAUAUCUUCAUUUUUAUUUACUUAUUUUUAUUUCCAUACUCCCAACUUCCGGAUUCGACAUAGAAGUCAACAGUUGUCUGUCCUUAAAGUUCUAAUAAUCGAUUGAUUUUGUGACCGGAGAGUGAUUGAUAAACCAAAUACGACGGGGAUUUUUUUUUUUUUUUUUUUUAAAUAGUCACUGAAAGGACCCCAAAAAUCCCCAAAUUGGCAAGACUGAGACUCGGGUGAAAGGAAAGGCGUGAAAUUGGCCCCUCGAGGAAGAUGUGAACGAUGCUAGCCCUCCUCCGGUUUCAGGCUGUGCUGCGUCAGCAGCCCGCACAGACAAACUCUGCGACUACUGCCGCCCGCCGGCCGGGGCUGUCGAGAACCACAAACUCGUCCUUCUCAGUGUUACGGGACGACGACGAGAGGAUUUACUCUCCUUCUAGCGCUUUUGACCUCAUUCUGUGGGGUCAUUUCCGCCACCGUGCCAGCUCCUGCUAGGGUGACCCCGGUGCGGCGGUAGCCCUUCGCGAUGCCAAGAUGGCGCCCCUGCUCCCUCCCCCGGGCGCCGACGCAUUCCGCCUCUUCACCCGGGAAUCGCUGGCAGAGAUCGAGCGGCUCCAAGCGGAAAGGCGAAAAAACAAGGCGGCCCGAGUAGACGGACAUGACGAGGCCGAGGAGGAGGAGGCGGAGGCCCCCAAUGCCGACUUGGAAGCGGGCAAGAAUCUGCCGUGGAUUUACGGAGACCCUCCAGCGGAGUUGAUCAACACGCCGCUGGAGGACCUGGACCCCUUCUACAAGGCUCAGAAGACGUUCAUCGUGCUUAGCAAAGGCAACACAAUUUACAGGUUCAACGCUGAGCCGGCGUGUUACCUCCUGAGCCCCUUCAGUGGCUUAAGAAAAGGAGCCAUCAAAAUCCUCAUCCAUUCAUUAUUUAGCAUGUUCAUCAUGAUCACCAUUUUGUCCAACUGCGUGUUCAUGACCAUGAGCAACCCGCCGGCGUGGAGUAAAAAUGUCGAGUACGCUUUUACUGGGAUUUACACUUUUGAGGCCGGCAUCAAAGUGUUGUCCAGAGGGUUCUGUGUUGGCUCCUUUACAUUCCUUCGAGACCCGUGGAACUGGCUGGAUUUCAUGGUGAUCAGCAUGGCAUACAUCACUGAGUUCAUCGACCUCGGUAACGUGUCUGCCCUCAGGACCUUCCGUGUGCUUCGAGCUCUUAAAACCAUCACUGUGAUUCCUGGUCUGAAAACCAUUGUGGGUGCGCUGAUCCAGUCGGUGAAGAAAAUGGUGGACGUGAUGGUCCUGACGGUCUUCGCUUUGGCUGUGUUCGCCUUGGUCGGUCUGCAGUUGUUCAUGGGCAACUUGCGGCAUAAGUGCGUGCGCUGGCCCAUCCAUGGCAACGGCACCGCCGAUUGGUUGAACGUCACCGACCUGCUGACGCCUUUCAACGAAAGCUUGGGUGUCAACAGUAGCGAUUGUUGCAACGGCACCUUCAAUUUCAUAGAGUACAUCGAGAACUCGGAAAACUACUACUUCCUGGACGGCAGCAAAGAUCCUCUUGUAUGUGGGAACGGUUCCGAUGCUGGAGUCUGCCCUGAAGGUUUCACUUGCAUGAAGGCCGGCGGGAACCCAGAUUACGGCUACACCAGCUUCGACUCAUUCGGGUGGGCCUUCCUGGCGCUCUUCAGACUCAUGACCCAGGACUACUGGGAAAACCUUUUCCAGAUGAUCCUGCGGGCGGCGGGCAAAACGUACAUGCUCUUCUUCGUGGUGGUGAUCUUCCUGGGCUCCUUCUACCUCAUCAACCUUAUCCUGGCGGUGGUGGCCAUGGCGUACGAUGAGCAGAACCAGGCCACGCUGCGCGAGGCAAAAGAGAAAGAGGAGGAGUUCCAGCGCGUCCUCGAGCAGCUCAGGAGCCAGGAGCAGGAUCAAUGUCUUGGAAGUAGAGACUCUCCGAACGGCGGCAAGUCGCCAAGUCUUCACUCGGUUUCUGAGUUGAGCCUGGAGUGCAACGAGGCCGUCAAAGACUGUAACGGCAAGAUGGUCCCAAGCCUUGUGGUGCGAUCACCCACCUUGGAUGAGUCUGUUCCAGAGAAAGAACUUCUGGAAAGGUCUCCAGGCAUGCUUCAUCCAGAUGAGCUUCAUUCGGAUGAGCACGGCCAGAGGCAGAGGUCUUCUAGUGCCAUGGAAGAGCUGGAAGACGCUCACAGGCCGUGUCCGCCGGGCUGGUACAAGUUUGCUGACAUUUUCCUCAAGUGGAACUGCUGUCAACCGUGGCUGGCCCUCAAAAAGUGGCUGUACGUCAUCGUGAUGGACCCCUUCUUCGACCUGGCCAUCACCAUUUGUAUCGUGCUCAACACGCUCUUCAUGGCCAUGGAACACUACCCCAUGACCAAAGAGUUUGACAACAUGCUCUCUGUGGGCAACUUGGUUUUCACUGGGAUUUUCACGGCGGAGAUGUUUUUCAAACUCAUCGCCAUGGACCCCUACUACUACUUCCAAGUGGGCUGGAACAUUUUCGACAGCAUCAUCGUCACUCUCAGCCUGGCGGAGUUGGGCCUGGCGAACGUACAGGGGCUCUCGGUGCUGCGCUCCUUCCGUCUGCUUCGUGUCUUCAAGCUGGCUAAGUCCUGGCCCACGCUCAACAUGCUGAUCAAGAUCAUCGGGAACUCGGUGGGCGCCCUGGGGAACCUGACUCUGGUGCUGGCCAUCAUCGUCUUCAUCUUCGCCGUGGUGGGCAUGCAGCUCUUCGGCAAGAACUACAAAGAUUGCGUGUGCAAGAUCUCCGAUGAGUGCGAGCUGCCACGCUGGCACAUGAACGACUUUUUCCACGCUUUCCUCAUCGUCUUCCGCAUCCUGUGCGGCGAAUGGAUCGAGACCAUGUGGGACUGCAUGGAGGUGUCCGGCGCUGCGAUGUGUCUUAUCGUCUUCAUGAUGGUCAUGGUCAUUGGGAAUCUCGUGGUGCUGAACCUCUUCCUGGCGCUGCUGCUCAGCUCAUUCAGCGGCGACAACCUAUCGACGGCGGAGGACGACGGCGAGCUGAACAACCUCCAAAUCGCCGUCGGCAGGAUCUCGCGAGGCAUUGACUGGCUCAAGGCAGCUGUCGCUGAAAUGCCACAGAGGAUACUGGACGAUAAACCCAAGGCAACUGAGGAUGCCAACGUGGAGGUGUUGGAGAUGAAUGACUUGGACCCUGGCGGGGAUGUCAGUAAGGCAGAUGGGAUAGCAAAUUCUUUGUCACCGGGACGGACUUCUGGCGCCAUUAUGGGUGGAGAGCUGGCUCUUAGUGUGCCCAUCGCCGAGGGAGAAUCAGACGAUGACGACCACGACUACGACUCCAAUAUCUCCACUUGUGGGAAUAGCCUUCAUGAUGGUGAAAGCCUAGAAGACGAGAUCGGCCAUUUAAGAGAAGUCAAGCUGAUGGGCGUGGCAAGCGAUGACGGGGACGUGUCGCUGUGCAGCACGGCGGACUAUCAGCCGCCAGAUCCUGAACCGGUGGAAGAGGAGGAGGAAGAGCCGGAUCCAGUGGAGCCAGAAGCUUGCUUCACUGACAACUGCGUGCGGCGCUGGCCCUGCCUCACCGUAGAUGUGAACACGAUCGGAGGCAAGCGAUGGUGGACUCUGCGUAGGACCUGCUUUGCCAUUGUGGAGCACGACUGGUUUGAAACCUUCAUCAUUUUCAUGAUCCUGCUGAGCAGCGGCGCUCUGGCUUUUGAAGACAUUUACAUCGAGCGGCGGCGAAUCAUCAAAAUUAUUCUGGAGUACGCUGAUAAAGUUUUCACCUUUGUCUUCGUCAUGGAGAUGGUUCUGAAAUGGACAGCGUACGGUUUCAAGACCUACUUCACCAAUGCUUGGUGCUGGCUGGACUUUUUCAUUGUUGAUAUUUCGCUCAUUAGUUUGGUGGCCAACUGGUUGGGUUACUCCGAGCUGGGGCCCAUCAAAUCCCUCCGAACUCUGAGGGCGCUGAGGCCUUUACGUGCCCUCUCCAGAUUUGAAGGCAUGAGGGUGGUGGUGAACGCGCUGGUCGGCGCCAUCCCGUCCAUUUUCAACGUGCUGCUCGUAUGCCUCAUCUUCUGGCUCAUCUUCAGCAUCAUGGGAGUCACCAUGUUCGCCGGCAAAUUCUACCGCUGCAUCAACACCACUUCGGGGGAGCGCUUUCCCGCUGCCGAGAUCAACAACCGCAGCGAGUGCCUGGCCCUGCAGGAGGCCACGGGGGAGGCCCGCUGGGUUAAUGUCAAGGUCAACUACGACAAUGUGGCGAAGGGUUACUUGUCGCUGCUCCAAGUGGCAACCUUUAAAGGGUGGAUGGACAUAAUGUAUGCUGCUGUCGACUCGAGAGAAGUGGAGGAGCAGCCGUCGUACGAGAUCAACCUGUACAUGUACAUCUACUUUGUCAUCUUCAUCAUCUUCGGCUCCUUCUUCACCCUCAACCUCUUCAUCGGCGUCAUCAUUGACAACUUCAACCAGCAAAAGAAAAAGUUGGGAGAUAAGGACAUCUUCAUGACGGAAGAGCAGAAGAAGUACUACGAAGCCAUGAAAAAACUCGGUUCCAAGAAGCCGCAGAAGCCUAUUCCACGUCCCACUAACUUCCUCCAGGGCCUGGUCUUUGACCUCAUCAGUCAGCAGUUUUUUGACAUAUUCAUCAUGGUGCUCAUCUGCCUCAACAUGGUGACCAUGAUGGUGGAGACGGACAACCAGAGCCCGGAAAAGGAGGAGUUUCUCUUCAAAGUCAACCUGGCCUUCAUUGCGGUCUUCACCAGCGAGUGCGUGCUGAAGCUGUUUGCCCUGCGCCAGUACUUCUUCACCAACGGUUGGAACAUAUUCGACUUCAUCGUCGUCAUCGUCUCCAUCGCUGGCACGAUGCUGUCGGACCUGAUCGAGAAGUACUUCGUGUCACCGACCCUCUUCCGCGUGAUCCGUCUGGCCAGGAUCGGACGCAUCCUGCGUCUCAUCAAAGGGGCCAAAGGCAUCCGGACGCUCCUCUUCGCCCUGAUGAUGUCGCUCCCCGCCCUCUUCAACAUCGGCCUGUUGCUCUUCCUCAUCAUGUUCAUCUUCUCCAUCUUCGGCAUGUCCAACUUCGCCUACGUCAAGAAAGAGGCGGGCAUCGACGACAUCUUCAACUUCGAGACGUUUGGCGGGAGCAUCAUUUGCCUCUUCCAGAUCACGACGUCGGCCGGCUGGGACGGGCUCCUGCUCCCGAUGCUCAACAGCGUGCCCCCCGACUGCGAUCCCGACUUUGAGAACCCCGGCACGGACGUGAGGGGCAACUGCGGCAGCCCGGGCAUGGGCAUGAUGUUCUUCAGCAGUUACAUCAUCAUCUCUUUUCUGGUGGUGGUCAACAUGUACAUCGCCAUCAUCCUGGAGAACUUCAACGUGGCGCAGGAGGAGAGCAGCGAUGCGCUUUGCGAGGAGGACUUUGAGAUGUUCAACGACACAUGGGAGAAGUUUGACACGGAUGGAACCAUGUUCAUCGAGUACGCCCGCCUUUCAGACUUUUGCGACACGCUGCAGGAGCCACUGAGGGUCGCUAAGCCCAACCGCCUUCGCCUGAUCCAAAUGGACCUGCCGCUGGUCAUCGGCGACCGCAUCCACUGCCUGGAUGUCCUGAUGGCCGUCACGGAAAUGGUCCUGGGAGACACGCUGGAAAUGGCGGCCAUGCGGGAAAGCAUCAAGACCAAGUUCGUCCAGAGCAACCCCACCUCGGACUCCUUCGCGCCCAUAACCACCACUGUGCGCCACAAGGAGGAGAACCGCGCCGCCGCCGUCAUCCAGCGGACCUACCGGAGCCACCUGCUCCGUCGCGGCCUCCGCCAUGCUGCCUUCCUGUACCGCUCCAAGACCGGGUCCUCCGAGGACCCGCCGGAGAGGGAGGGACUGAUUGCGCACAAGAUGGGAGCUCUUUACGGCAGCCUCGCUGACCUCCCCGAGGAGAAGGUGUCGACAGGACCCCGACCUGGUCCUGUUGAUCCAGGGUCGAGUGUCAUGGCAGUACCUGUGGAAAUUACAAAUGAGGUGGUACUACAUUCUGCCCCUGGGCCAGAUCAAGGUCUUGGCAGCUUUCAAGAACACCUCAGGGAGUCGCUUGUGUAACCAAAACACUUUCUUUGAUUCGUGUACUAUUUUUGGCCCGCAGGAUCUCCACUUGUACUCUUUGUUUCAGCUGUAAUUUGUUGACAUUUAUACCAUGAAGACAUAAAUCAUCUUUUAAAACUCAAACAAGUGUUUUGAGGAAUGCAAGAAAGCUUUCUAGUAGUCUUGGAGUUCUCCAGAACAGUCUUAAGAUGACUUUUGGGAGUCUAAGCAUCAAUUGUUUUUAACUCGGUCUUGACUUAAUCCUUGCUUUCAACACAACAUGGCGCCAGAAGUGAGUGUCAGGUGUUAAACAUUACACUUCUGUCUACUACGUGAUUAUUACCAUAUACAAGAUGUCAUGAACCUAAAGUUUCACAGAGAGAUUCCACAGAAUUGCUGUAACAGCGGACCCAGCGUUUAUCAGCUUGUGCCUGUUCUGCAGAAGCCAGCAAAUUUGAAAUUGGAAUAUUAGUACGUGUGCCCUUUCACACAAAGAAUCAGCAUCGCAUAAUGUGAUGUAUACUUGGUCUGACAGCAACAAUUGUUUUCAACCACAGUGAAGUCUUCAUCAUGUGAAUGUAAUUUUUUUUUUUUUUUUUUUUGCGACAAUGUCUUUAACUUAAAAGUGUGUGGAGAUUCUCACUCAUCCAGGUCGUGAUGAUCCGCAAACGUUUAAUCAAGGCAACUGGACUCUUGGUUGUUGAACAGGUUUCACCUUGACUCCAUGAUGAGCUUUACAUCUUGAGGUGUGAAGUCUUAAGAUUUAGGUCUCUGGUGGGUUUCUCCCCGGCUGGCGGUCAAAUUUUCAGGAUUUGAGCUUAAUCCAUGUCAUUCGCAUACCUGAAAUAGCGGCCGGGCUUAGUUCCUCUCUGAUCCAGUGCUUUUUUCUUUACACUUUUUUUCCAUGUACGUACAGAUUCGCCGCGACGGAGGAGGAAAAGUGAGCCAACGGCACUGCCAUAUUUAUGCUUAAUAUAAUUUGCUCGAUUGAAAGUAAGUGGUGCUGAGGCCAAUUCGAAGAAAAACGAUUGGCCUGAGUUGCGUUCCUUCUUUCCGACACUUUACGAGUCCAUAUUGCAAGGUGGUCGUCGAUUUUCCUUCCUAAUUUUCUAGCUUCUGGAAAAAUUCAAUCAUAUUGUUGCAUCCAUCUUUUCUAUAUUGUGAGUUUUUCAUUAUAAUCCGUGCUGUCUUUUGUUGUAUUGUCCAACAUUGUUUCACUACCUUUUCACUCUAUGUCCUUUGUUCUUUUUUUCCUCUGUCACUUCCAUUUCACUACUUUGUUGUGUCGGACCGAACGGCUGUAAUUCUCAAUAAAUAUCCGUCAGAAGACACAAAUAACACUUAAAAAGUCCACUGUGACAUUGUAAAACUGUUCCGGCUUUAUAGGGAUACAUAGAAAAUACACCUAAAUAGAAAAGUAAACGUAAAAUGUCUUCAACAAGCAAGAGCUCAGUUGCCUCUUUUAAACUUUUGCAAGUUUCACACCGAGAUCCCGCAAAAACGUAUGCAUCGCAGCCAGAAGAGCAGAUCCGCCUUUUAUCCAUUUGUGCUUUUUAUACAGAACUUGCAGUGUGACCUGUAAUCUCUUUGCCAGACGGUGAUUAAGCCUUUCAACACGACAUAGCAGGAGAGGUAUCGAGUGUCAAACUUCUUGCCGACUUUCCGCUAUUCCCUUUCACGCUGCCGUCACCCCACCUUAUGAUAUGUCCGUGUAGAUUCUCAGUCAUCCGGGUCAUGGUAAUCCACAAACCUCUGAUAACACUUUGGAAGCCAAGAAAUUCUCCGGUCACCACCUAAACCCCCCCUGUGCUCAUGAAAUCCUUUCACACGGGUUAGCAAAAUGCAGAAAAAGCCGUCUUUGGCAGGCAGCGUUAAAGAGGCUAGCAAGUCCAGAUGUUAGUGUCUGGUGUGUAGUGGGGAGCGACAACUGCUUUCAACAUACCACAGUAGGAAAAGCGAGGGCGCGUAUCCUUACACCCAACUGUACAACUUUUCUUUAAUUAAAAUCGAUGGGAAUUGAACGCCAAAGCCAGUUAGCGGCUCGUUAGGGGCGGCUACCGUUUAGCGAGGGCCGCUCAAAUCUUGCACUACGUUUUAUUUUUAGGCCGUCCAGGUCCAGUUGCAGCCGACGAGGACGAUGAGCGUCUAAAAGAGAACUUCAUCCAUCAGCGCCCCUGAUAGAUAGAUGUUUUUUGUCCACUUCCCGUUGUCGUGCCAGGAGACCUUGAAAGGGCAGCGCUCGUGUUUACAUGUCCAUAUGGUAUUCGUAAUAUUAUUAAUAGUUCGACUCGUCGAGUCGCUUUCGGCCUCACGUCGACGCUGUCGCGACUCUCUGAAGGUUGUUUCACUUUCUGUCUUAAUUGAAAAGGUCUUACUCUGAAUAUUAGGUACAAACAAGCACUUUUGUUUCGUGUUGGGUGAAACGUGUUGUGUGUCCUUUUAAGGGGAAGAAAUGUUGCCUUGUGUUACUUUGGGAAUAUUGACCACACUAUUUCAAUGCUGAUAUUUUGUUUACAUUUGGGAUGCAGGGUGAUGAGCGUGGUUGCCACGGCAUCUGAAUUGUGUAUUAUUUGUUACUGUAAAACUCCAGAAUUAAAUGCUUGUGAUGGGUAGAAAAGGGGAACGUUUCUUCCCGUUUUUGGGAUGUAUAAAGGUCGCCGACUGGUGGUCACUUUGUCGAACUGCAACACAAAGCCUCCUCGCGCUUUCUGAAGGUUCAGUUAAUAAAAUGUAGAGGAAGAAAAAGGUCCUCA